AGUGAUUUGGAUGAUAAUAUAUCUGGAGUUUAUUCUCCAGAUUAAUAAAUAAAAACCGUAAUGCAUGGAGUUUCUAUUACCUUUUUAUAAUAUAUUACCAGUCUAUCCUAUAAGGGCUGGACUUCUAGAGGACGCGGCGCCCCGGCUUCCGACUCCACCGCCGGCGACGCCUCCUCAGAAGAGCCCCGUCGAGGCGCUUCGUUCUAGCGCCGCCCCGCGCCGCGCAGAGGACCGCCGCGAAGUCGAAGCGGCGACACAGCGCCUGGUGAAGCCGGGGGAUCAUCCGAUCUCUUCGUGUCUUUGCGUAGCACAGUGCCCCGGCUACGCCCGCCACCUGUUCGACGGAAUGUCUCCCAGCGAAGAGUGCGGGAUCGACGACCUCCCCGACGAGCUCCUCCAGCAGAUCCUGUCCCUGCUGUCCGCCGACGAGGCCGUGAAGACCUGCGUCCUGUCCCGGCGAUGGCGCCACCUCUGGAAAUCCACGGACAUCCUGCGCGUCGCUUACAGUACUGAUAGAUGGAAGAGCUCCGACGAGUUCAAGAAGUUCGUCAACCAUCUGGUGCUCCUCCGUGGCAUCUCGCCUUUGCGCGAGCUUGAUUUGAGGUUCAAUGCACGCCGAUACGAGGACGUGGUGCAUGAUGGCGGCAGUGAUCCAUACCAAUGCGUCAUGCUGUGGGUCAUGUAUGCCGUAAUGUGCCGAGUUCAGGUGCUCAAGAUCCAUAACCUCGAUCAGAUAGACAUUGAAGUGUACAAGGGCAUGCCUCUUGUCUCGCCACACUUGACCAAGAUAGAACUCUCUGGUAUAGAGUUGAAGAAUUGCUUCCUUAACUUCUCGAGCUGUCCUGCGCUGAAGGAGCUAUAUUUCACCAAGAAUUGCGGCUUUGAUUCCGUUUACGAGAUUUUGUCCCGGUCGAUACAAUGUCUUCAUAUCUUCCAUUGUCAAUUCGGUGAGUAUCACCGCACGGACAUUUAUGCACCGAGCCUCGUUACGCUCUUACUUGAAGGUUUUUGUGGCAGAACUCCUUUUCUCGGAAGAAUGCCCUCAUUAGUUGAAGCAUCUGUCAGACCCCACCAGGAUUGCGAUGACUCGUGCAGUAAUAGUUACUCUGGUAAUUGUGAAGAUGAAUACUGUGAUGGCUGUCAUUGUAGAUAUGAGGUUAGCGACGAUUCUGAAAGCGUGCUCCUAGGAGGUCUAACAGAAGCUGAGAAUUUGAAGUUGAUAGCUGGACCUAACAUAUUUAUUUUCAGAAGUGAUUUAAGAUGGUGCCCUUUGUUUAGCAAGAUGAAGUGUUUGUUACUCAAUGAGUGGUGUCUUGCUUCUAAUUUCUCGGCACUAGCUUGUAUUCUUGAACACUCACCAGUUCUACGGAAGCUCACUCUUAAAAUUUCCAAGGAAUAUAAAUCUAUGGUGGAAUUGGAAACAGAAGAGAAUGACAAUCCAUUGUGGAAACCAGCUGCAAUAUCAGAACACCUUAAGGUAGUGAAAGUCCACUGUAAAGAAGUUGAUGAGGGGGUUUACAAAAUUGGGAAGUGGUUGAGUACAUUGGACAAAAAAGUUAUUAUCAAGCAGAGGAAACAACAACCAAAACUCUUCUGUCUGGAGGAAGGAAAUAUUUGUUGAUGCCUGGUCAAAAAAAAGAAAGAAGACGCAGUGAAUCCUAGUAGUGGCGCUUUUUUUUUCCCUGAGGUGCUUGGCGAGGAUUUUCUCGCCGAGGUGUUACCUUUUCCUUUUCUUGUAACCUGGCUAUGUUUUUUCUCCGACUUAUUAUAAUACAAUUGGCAGUUCUUCUGCCGGUUCAGUUAUUUUUUAAAAAAAGAAAAAAUGAGAAAGAAGUAACAAUAGAUCAGCUAGAUGAAGCACCUCUUAGUUAUUUAGUAAUGCAAGGCUUAAAGUUCGCAGUAACAAGAACUCUCUGUCUUGUCAAUGAGAUUGCUAGGUUAGUUUCACUAGGAAGAACAACUGUGUUUUGGAAUGAGUUGUUUAGCGGUUAAUCUGUAGCUGGUUUUUCUGCAGUCCUGUUCUUUUCGCUAAUGUGCUAAUAUAAGAACAUAACGCGUAGUGCUGUCACUUGCUACUUGAGAUUAUAUAUUUGUUCGUUAGGCCGGUACAAGUGGGGCCAUGUGCAGUCCUGUGUCGUCGUAAUCGACAAUAAUCUCAAGUUGCCAUGUGCCUGCUGAAGUUGAACAGUCAAACAAUUUGUGUUCUGUUUCUACAAAUCCAUUCUCUUCUUCCCCGUCAAUUAAAACAGCUAACAAAGCAACACACAUU